AUGACACUAUCACCAACCUCUUACGACAAGCUGUACAUCAACGGCGAAUACGUCGCCGCCAAGUCCUCGGCGACCUUGGAACUCCGGAGCCCCAUCACCAAUGAUCUUGUGACCGACAAGGUGCCCAUUGCAGGCCAGGAGGAUGUUGACAUCGCCGUGGCUCACGCCGAGGCAGGCUUCAACGGCCCUUGGAGCCAGUUUACCGCUGCCCAGAGGUCUGCCUGCCUGCGCAAGCUGGCCGAUUUGCUGGAGACUGAAGUCGAGCCCAUCCUCACCCUCGACACCUUGACCAUGGGAAGCCCAGUCUCGCUCAUUCCCACCCGAGAGAACGGAUACAUUAGAUCCUGCUUGCUGUACUAUGCGGGAUGGACCGAUAAACAACGUGGAGAUUACUUCCCCGCAGACGACGGUUUUGUGAAACUCGUUACGCAUGAGCCUAUUGGUGUAUGCGUCGCCAUCAACCCCUACAACGCGCCGGUCGCCUCCUUUAUAAUGAAAGCCGCACCUUGCUUGGCUACGGGCAACACACUGAUCGUGAAGCCAUCAGAGAAGUCCCCCCUUGGCUCGUUGGCCCUCGCCCCUCUCUUCGAGAAGGCUGGGUUUCCCAAGGGCGUUGUCCAGGUGCUCAGUGGUGACGGCUCCACCGGUGCCUUGUUAUCGUCUCAUAUGCGUGUUAGAAAGAUCAGUUUCACUGGGAGCACCAACACGGGACGAAAAAUCCAGGAGCUUGCGGCUCGGAGCAACUUGAAACGGGUGACGCUAGAGCUAGGUGGUAAGAGUCCAGCUAUCGUGUUUGAUGAUGCCAACAUCGAGAAUGCUUUGACAUGGACCAUCAACGGCAUCUUGACGAGGUCCGGCCAAGUCUGCGUUGCAGCGUCUCGUGUGUAUGUCCAGGAGGGAAUUGCGGACGCUUUCAUCAAGGCGUACACUGAGCGCAUGAAGGACGCCAGGAGCAGACUCGGCGACCCGCAUGACCCCAAUGUCUCGAUGGGCCCGCUGGCCGACUCCAUAGCUCUAGAGAAGGUUAAGUCCAUGAUUGAACGAGGCAAGAACGAGGCCGAGCUUGUGGUUGGUGGCCUCCAGCACGGCGAUGUCGGGUGCUUCAUGGAACCGACCGUGUUCUUGAACCCUAAGCCCAAUGCACAGGUUCUGAAAGAGGAGGUUUUCGGGCCUGUGGCUGUGGUGCAGACCUUCAAGACUGAGGAAGAGGUCAUCAAACUCGCCAACGACACAGAGUUUGGGCUUAUGGCUGGAGUGUUCACCAAGGACAUUAACCGUGCAAUGAGGCUCUCCUCACAGAUCGAAUCAGGUGUCGUUGGCAUCAACUGCAUUAGCGUUAUGAACCUACAAGCUCCAUUUGGAGGUAAAAAGGCAUCCGGAAUCGGGAGGGAGUUUGGCGAAUAUGGAUUGCGCAUGUUUACCGAGCCCAAGACAGUCUUGAUCAAGUAA